AUGGCGCCGCAAAAACGCACGCGCGACGACACAGACGACGGCGCCUCCUCCGCCCCCCAGAAGAAGCACCGCAAGGGCUUCAAGGUCGGCCCCGACAACCUCCCUGACGGCCCAUGGAAACGCCAACUCACCAAGAAGAAAGAGCGCCUGAUCGCCAACGCAAAGGUCAAGAAGGCCUACGCCAAAAUCAAGAAGCGAGAGCUCGCCGCCACCGCACCCUCCAAGCCCCUCCCCGCCCAGCACGAGAACGCCGCGCCGCCGCCUCCCCCUUCCCCUCCAGCAGAGGACCCCUCAGCCCCCUCAACCAGCCCCGAUGACGCCGCAGCAUCUCCAGGCUCGCCGUCGCAGUCGGCACCCGAUCCCUCCGCACCAGCCCCCACCGCCCCUGCCGCGGCAGCCAACCCAGACGAAGACCACGCCUUCCACCCAGACCGCCAGGCCAUGCUCGACAACGACGGCGAGGUUCCGAACCCCAACGAGAUCCGCAUCAAGCCCACCGCCGCCGCCGCCUCCGGUGCCGACGACACGACGCAAGCAGAGCCGUCCGGCGUCCGCGGCAAGGGCGCCUACUUCAACCCCAAGCGCCGCGGCCACAAGCCGGGCUACUACGAGAAGCAGCUCGCGCAGGCCGAGACGCGCCGCGCCGAGGCCGCCGCCCGCGCCGCCGAGGCCGAGCGCCGCACCCAGGAGCGCGAGCGCAAGGUCGCCGACCGCGAGCGCUACCGCCGCGCCAUGGCCAAGGCACGCCGCGGCGGCGAGAACGGCCAGCGCAAGCUGGGCCGCGAGAGCAACCUGUUGCUGGAGAAGGUCCGGAGGAUGACGGGCGCAUAG